AUGGCCGCUCUCCAGCCUCACUUGAUUCGUCGAAUCGAGGAAGAAACGAUGCUUCAGAAUAACGCACCUGCAGCUGUGAAGCAUGAGGUGUCUCAAUGGACCACAAUAGGGCCACAGCGCGCAUUCGACUUGGUGAACUCAGUAUCCGAACGAGGGAAGUCGUUUGCCGCUGAUUCACCGCAGUUUUUUGAUCCACCGACCACUAACGAAGACGAUAACAGUCGACCGUACCAUGUAAAAGAGAAGAAAUCGGUGGCAGUUGGCUGGGAAGCGGCAGAGGUCGAAGAAUCGCACAAGGAAAGCUAUCGACGAUCACGCGAUACGCUGCUGUGUUUGGCUGCUCAAUUUAUCGAGAUGGCCACUCCCAGGCUGAAGGAAUUGGCGAAGCUGAGUUCAACGAGUGAACAUACAAAGAUUCCUGAAGUGAUGGAUCACAAAUGCCAUGUGAAGCUGAGUGAAAUCGCACUAGCAUUGCUGAAGAUCGCUUCCUACGACUUGACGACGAUGUCGUGCCUUGGCCUUCAGAAGUACUUCACGACAAUCAUGCCCGUAACCGACUGGUCGAUCGAGUCAAAUCGCUCGGCCUUGGGUAUUAUUCUGAAGCGCCUUGACAAAACAAUUGCUAAGAUAGCCAAGAAACAAAGCAUUCGACGUCGAGUGAAACUGGACAAGCUGCUGGCCUAG